CCAUUUUGCGAAUAAUCACCGUUUCCCAACACAAAACUUGGUAUGAUUGACGCAUAGAGUGACAUAAUGUGCUGUGCUACACCAAAAAAAUUAUGAAUGAUUAGCAUGAGUGAUAUCAUCAUUAUAAUAAUUAAAUUUUUUUGACUAUAAAAAGCAAAAUUAAAUUUCUUUUCAUUUUUUUCUUUUUCUUAAAUAUGUUUUUUGAAGCCACUUAUGUACCCUCUCCACCUCUAUCUGUAACCAGUAUAGAAGACGAAAUAUCUGAGGAACCUGCCACAGACAAAAAUUCUAUCAUACAAGAAGUUGAACCUGAUUCUGAUAGACCUGUAGAUCAUUUAAUAUUCGUCAUUCAUGGAAUCGGACAGCAAACAGAACAAUAUGGACACUUUUAUGAGCACAGAAACAACAAGACAAGUACUUCAAGCCAAAGUGCCUGAUCAUAAUGUUCGUAUUGAACUAAUACCCAUUGAAUGGCAUCGACACAUUCAUGAACAAGUGGAUCCUAUUAUCAACAAAAUCACUUUAAAAUCAAUACCCACAAUUCGCCUUGUUGAAAACGAUUAUUUAGCAGAUGUCCUGUAUUAUUUCUCAAAAGACCGUGGCCAAGUGAUUGUGGAUAAUGUUACUCGCUUGUUCAACACGUCUUAUCAAAACUUUAUGGAAAAGCACCCAAACUUCAAUGGCAAGAUCGCUAUUAUGGGCUAUUCUUUAGGUGGUAUCAUUACUUGGGAUAUUCUGUCACAUCAAAGAGAACCUACAACACCUGAAGAAACUGCCAUGUAUAACAAACUGAAUGUGAAGUUUUCUAAAUUGGACUUCAAGCCAAAUUUCUUUUUUGGCCUGGGAUCGCCUGUAGGAGCUGUCUUGACAUUCAGAGGACAAGAUCCUAGGUAUUACCAUCCUGAUUUCGAUAUUACUUUUGAGAACAUAUUCCAUCCUUUUGAUCCAUUGGGAUAUCGCUUUGAACCUUUGUUCAGUGAUUAUUUUAUUGAUAAACCAGCUGUACUCGUAGAAAGAUCUGUCCCUAUAGGUCCUUCUUUCUCAUUCCCUUCUAUGCCAGCAAGUGUUCUCUCUUUCUUUUCUUGGAAACAAGAGGACAAAGUAGCCAAGUCACUUUACAACACAACGUCCAAUGCUGUUGCUGUUGGCAGUACCACACAAGAGAAUCAAAAGAAAGAUCUUACAAGACAAGACGACCAAUCUUCAGGCUUUCUUUCGUCUUUAUAUCAAUACUUUUCAAAAGGUGGAGGUGGCAGUCAUGUCACUGAUCAUGAAGAUCAAGAAAACGAUCAGCCUGAUGGAACUUACCCUUCAACAAACAAGACAUCCAUCAACGGCAUUAUCACCUGGGAUCCUUUGCGUGAACAAACCCGAGAACAAUUAUUGGCACUCAGAGAUGAUCUUGACCGCACUCUGAAUACACCCCCACACAAAUCUCCUGUUGAUAAGAGGCCAUCUAUUAAAACAAGAUCCAAGACAUACGCCAGUCCUGUUGAAGACAGUGGCAGUCUCGCAGCUAGCCCAACUCAUUCAACUUCUUCUUCUACUGUGUCAUCUUGUUCGACCAGCAAUACAAAACCCGCACUUAGAAAGUCAAUGACUGAACAACACACACAACGUCAUCAUUUAGUGGAAGUCUUGGGUAUUGAUGGAGCCAAAAUGGAUACAUUUGAUCGUCCUAAAGACCAACAGGAGACGCCAAAACAUCAUGAAAAGCAUGAAAUCAACCAUGGUAGUCAUGAUCUUUGGUCAGACCUUAAUAAAGAAAUUCAUAAACCUGGACCUGCUGUCACAAGUCCUGGUGAGACCCGUGCUGAAAUAGCUCAAGAUGCUACUGUUCCCUCAGAAGAAGAAACAAAAGAACCCGAACAAGAUGAACAAGAAAAGAAAGAGAUUGAAAAGUUACCUGGUAAACAACGCACAGACUAUGUAUUACAGCCUGAUAGUGUGAUGUCUAUGAUUGCAAAUGAGUAUCUCAUUGGCCUAAGAGCUCAUUUCUCUUACUGGACAAACAAAGAUUUUAUCUGGCAUAUGUUGCGUAGAAUUGAAACCUUAGACACGAAAAAACAAGAUACCACCACUAAACCCUCUAAACCUAUUGUUUCUGUUGAUAUUCCAAAGUAAUAAAAAAACUCUCUUUGUUUU